AUGGAAUUUAUUAGAGUCAAAAAGUUUACGGAUCCUUUGUUUUAUGAGAAGAAAUCAAAAUUUAAGGAAGAUCCUCAAACAAGAAUUACUGCCUAUCAUUACUCUGAUUAAGCAAUAACACUUGGUUUGAGCAAUGGAUAAAUGAUGCAAUUUCGAAAAAAAGGAUUUGAUACCAAGCAUUUCUUACAAUCCAAAGAUUAUGAAAUCUUAAAGCCUGUGGAGAAUAAAAAUAAUCACAAAGGAGAAAUCAGAUGUUUGAUAAUUGAGAAAUUCUCUGACAGUUAUUAUAUAUUCACAGGAAGUGCUGAUCGUACUAUAAAAUUAUGGGAAAACGAUAUCAAAAAAGGGUGUAUAUAGACUUUAUUUGGUCACACUGGAUCCAUUAUGGCAAUUGCAUUUGCUUAAAAUAGUUUAUUUUCAGCUAGUAAUGAUAAAGUACUAAGGAUUUGGAAAUAAGAGAGUGGACGAGAGUUCAUGUAUCAUCCAUGGUUCGUGACUGUGUAAAUAAUUUAUGAUUUCUCUAUGAAGAAAUCCUUGAAUCAGCAAUCCUAUAUAACUGCCUUUUUAGUAAAGAUGCCUCAAUUUUAGCUUUAUGCUGGUGAUACUGAUGGCUCAUUACAUUUAUUUAUGAAUUCGCAACCAACUCUCCAAUAAUAAUAGACUUAUGUAAAACUAGAAAAAAGUUUCUUCUCUUUCCAUCGAUUGCAUGUGAUUUAGAUUAUAGAAGUAGAAAAAGACAAUGCAAUAUUCUCAAUCGCUUAUGAUUAAAAAAUAUUAGGAUAUGGUGAAUCUGGUGGUAAAUUCUUUAGUUAUAAGAAUCCCCAUAAAUGUCUGUUUACAUCAAUCAGAUGGAGUCAAACCCAUCAAGAAUUGAUUGCAUCUGAUGAAUAAGGCAGAGUAUAUUUUAUGAACAUCUCAAGUGAUAAAUAGGUUCUAGAAUUCAAAUUAUACGAAUGCAAAAUCUUAGGAAUAGAUCUUAUAGACCAUUUGGAAGCAUUGGUUGUAUAUACCGAAUAGUUUAUUGAUGUUUUGAGAAUCAAGAGGGGUGUUAGAACAGGAAACCUUCUAGAUUAACACAAAGGACCAGUUAUUGAAAUAUUAGGUAUAGAUUGUCCUUAAGAAUUUGAACCAAAGAAAUUGGUAUCAGCUUCUUUGGACAAUACCAUAAGAGUUUGGGAUUCAAAAGAUAUGUCUUGUAUUUCUACAAUUGAAACUGGCGAGAAGAAUGAAGUUUCAAGUAUGCAUUAUCUAACAAAUGCUAAUCUAGUAGCAACUGGACAUGAUAAUGGUGAAAUCAGAUUGUGGAAUAUAGAAAUAGGAUCAUUUUUGAUUAUUGAUUAAAGUAAAGCCAAAUCUAGACAUAACAAUACUGUUUGUGCAUUAACAAGUUGCACAUUUGAUAGUGAAGAAUAUAUGUUUAGUAGUGGUUAUGAUGGUAGAAUAAAUGUUUGGGAGAUCUUUGAACGUAAACAACGAUUAAUGGCUAGUUACAUUAUGCCUUAAUUAAAAUAGUCUUUGUUAGCCAAUCCUAAAGCAACUGCAGAUUCAUUAGGCAAUGAAAUUCUAUGUCUCUUAUUUGAUAAGACAACAAAGAGAAUUAUUGCAGCUGGAAAUAAAUGUACAAUUUAUCUAAUUAAAUAUGUUCACUUAUGA